CUGGAGCCUGGGUUAUUUGGGGGGCGGAGGGGGGCGGCAGGAUGAGCACCAUGUUCGCGGACACGGUCCUCAUCGUCUUCAUCUCCGUGUGCACCGCGCUGCUGGCCGAGGGCAUAACUUGGGUUCUGGUGUACAGGACGGACAAAUACAAGAGACUAAAAGCCGAAGUGGAAAAACAGAGCAAAAAAUUGGAAAAGAAGAAAGAAACCAUCACGGAGUCCGCUGGCCGUCAGCAGAAGAAGAAAAUAGAGAGGCAAGAGGAGAAACUGAAAAACAACAAUAGGGACCUCUCGAUGGUUCGAAUGAAGUCCAUGUUUGCUAUUGGUUUCUGCUUCACCGCCCUAAUGGGAAUGUUCAACUCCAUAUUUGACGGGCGGGUGGUGGCCAAGCUGCCCUUCGUGCCCCUGUCCUACAUCCAGGGGCUGUCUCACCGCAACCUGCUCGGGGAAGACUACACAGACUGCUCCUUCAUCUUCCUCUACAUCCUCUGCACCAUGUCCAUCCGACAGAACAUCCAGAAGAUGCUGGGCCUGGCCCCAUCUCGCGCCGCCUCCAAGCAGGCCGGGGGCUUCCUGGGACCGCCCCCGCAGGCCGCCAAAUUCUCCUGAGACCGUGCCCACCGCUCAGACACGCCCGGCUCCGCCCAGGGGGACAAGGGACCCUGCCCUCCACGGUCGCCCCGUCAGAGAAUCGAAAUAAAAACCAACCGGUCGCCCGGGCGACCCACCUCAG